AUGGGCAGCAACCCAGUGCCAAAGUACCGCAUUGUUGUCGGAAGCGAUGAGGCCGGCAUCAAGUACAAGGACGCAAUCAAGGCAGACCUCCAGAAGGACUCCCGCGUGGAGUUCGUCGAGGACGUAGGAAGCCACGAGACCGCCGACAAGACGGCCUACCCCCACAGAGCCGCGGCGGCAGCGCAACUCGUCGCCGACGGCAAGGCCGACCGCGCGCUGCUCAUCUGCGGCACGGGGCUCGGCAUGGCCAUCGCCGCCAACAAGGUCAAGGGCAUCCGGGCCGUGACGGCGCACGACAGCUUCAGCGUGGAGCGGUCGAUCCUGAGCAACGACGCGCAGGUGCUGUGCAUGGGCGAGAGGGUGAUUGGCCUGGAGCUCGCGAGGAGGCUCGCCAAGGACUGGCUCGGAUACGCAUUUGACCCUACCAGCCAGAGUGCUGAGAAGGUGCAUGUCAUCAAGGCUCUGGAGGCUGCUGCGUGA